AUUUCAAGAUUUGAUUUGUGAGACACCUUGGGCGUUAACGGGUUAAACAAGCAGAAUCAUUUGAAAAGUUUUAUGAAAGGACUCCGGACAGAUUCUGAAAGCAUUCCGGGUUCAUUAAAUCUACCAAACCUAUAGUUUGAAGAUUUUUCAUCAUCGAAACCCACUGCCCACAAUUUAGCGUGUGCACUCUUCUCAUCCAUAUGUAGAGGAGAAUCCCCGCGCGCGCAUUCGCGAUUGUGGUAGGUUACAUAGAGAGCGUCCGCGCACUUCAGCACAGUGAAAUAUUGCCGAUCGCCGCCCGGCAGAUGGAGAUGACCGUUCAAUCAGCGCAGUUGAUCGCGUCGCGACGACCUUUGCGUGUUCGCGUUGUUGUUUGUGCUGCAUUAUUCAUCCUCUGCUGAUAGGCAUUAGUGAAAAAGAUCGCUCCUCGCAGGUGUGUGUGGUUUAGUACGUAGUGUAAUGCCGAAGCUAGUGAACUUGACCUUGAUAGUCACGUUUGGCGUUUUAUUCGGACCUAUCAAGCCGGCCUGGGGUUAUCUGUGUGAAGAAAUUAGGGCCCUGCCUACGCCGGGCCCUUGCAGUUGUCCCGAGGACGAUAGGAAAGUGUUGUGCGAGGAUUUUGCGAUGUAUCUACCGUCGGAAGAUAAAACUGUAAUCGACAUCCAGUGCUAUGGGAAGGAACUGCAGUUUAAUCAUACGACUCCGUUGGAUGUGAAUUUCAAGGAGAUAAGCAAACUAGAAGUGCAUUCUUGUGUGGUGAACGUUCCGCUUAAGGACACCUUGGACAGGAUCGGAAUACGCGAUGUACACUCGGUGUUGUUCGACGGAGGUACGCGAUUAGUAAACCGAUUAUCGUUGAGUGGACUGAACUUGACAAAGGUGAAAAUAGACGGCGAAAAUAUUGCAUUGAUAAGCGACGACGACGACCUGCUACCGGACAGUAACCAGCUGGAAGAGUUCCAUCUUUGCUACAGUAAUAUCAGUUCUUUACCAAACAACUUUCUGAACAGCAAGUCUCGCCUCAAAUCUCUAUACGUCUCAGACAAUACAAACUUGAAGAUCCUUCCGGAAGUUCUAUCCAUCCCGUCCUUAGAAACACUGUACCUGUAUCACAACAACAUUUCCAGAAUAACAUCGCCGCACUUCUCUCUGCUUCGUAACCUAACACUUUUGGAUCUGAAGCACAACCCAAUCGAAACGAUCUCAGAAGAUGCCUUUCAAUCGAACCAUGCACUCAAAACUCUCCAUCUGCGGUUCGAUGGAGCGCAACUACCGGAGGGCAUAUUUUGGCCGCUGACGAUGCUAGAAGAGUUACGGAUCAUGAACGGUCGACUGGAACACAUUCAAAAGGGGUUGUUCUGGAAUCAAACCCGGCUUCAGAUCCUGGAUUUGAGCGGAAAUCGUUUGACAGUUCUACAAGGACCUAUCUUCAUCCGACUGAUCUCACUCGAAUCCCUGGAAAUCAAUUCCAACAACCUACGUUCCGUGUCACGCGAAAUAUUCCCGAACAAGUUGCGGAAUAUCAGCUUCAAAACGAACAAUUUCACCAGCAUCCCGUUCAGACCGUACGAUAUUUCUCCAUUCAACGCCCUACACGAUCUUCACGAACUCGAGCUCGGGUCAAACAAGCUAACCGACAUCGGAGCUUGGGCCAACCAUCCAUCGCUUGAGGUACUAAGUUUGAGUCAUAACUUUAUCCGAGAACUGAAUAUCGAUGCGAUACCACGACAUCUGAAGUAUUUGGAUUUAUCGCACAACCAAAUACAGCGUAUUGAAGCCGAUGAAAACGCGCCGGUUAGGCGGCAAGAACUAAAGUUGUCCAUCGAAGAGAACCCGUUGGAAUUUGAUUGUAGAUCGAUACAUUUUAUUCAGCUGGUCCGAAAGGGUACUUUGAAACUGACGCAGUCCAAAGACAUAGAGAACUUGGACAUCGAUCGACUAUAUUGCGAUACAGAACCAAGGUUAUGUCCAAAAGAAUGCAACAGUUGUCGGCUAGUUGGACCAAAACGGCAGCUGGUUCUGAACUGUUCCAACAAAAACUUGGAAAAGAUCCCCCCGAUUCCUCCGGAAAUACAUCUCGUGUCCUCGUCAAUCGUUUUGGAUGUUCGCCACAAUGCGAUUCGAUUGCUUCCAACCGUGCAGAGCAAUCCGGGAUUUGCGAUGAUCAACACCCUUCUGCUGGAUAACAACCAGCUCGAGAGCUGGAGUGUAUCGAAUCUGCACUCCAACCUUUCAAUGAUCUCAUGGAAUAACAAUUCUCUCUACAAUCUUGACCGGAAGCUGGUGGAGAGCAUCAUGGAGCUUCCGAACCUGAAACAGCUGUACCUGCUGGACAAUCAUUGGCCUUGCCACUGUAAACUCGCAAAACACAUGACUCGGCUUCAAACCAAGGUCGUGAACUUCACUGCCCUGACCUGCGGAUCAGGAACGAAACUAACGGAGUUCGAGGAAUCGUGCGAGAGUGAUAUGCUCGCCUUCGUCCUAAUUUCGUCCAUCAUCUUUGCCCUGAUCGUCAGUGGUUUCGCCGUGUACUAUCGCUUCCAACAGGUGAUCAAGAAGUGGCUCUUCGUCAAUCAUCUAUGUCUUAGCUGCGUCUCCGAAGCGGACAUCGAUACCGACUUCCAGUACGACGCUUUCAUUUCGUAUUCACACCGGGACGAACACUUCAUCGUCCAUGAAUUAGUGCCAACCCUUGAGGCACCUCCGCAAAAGUUCCGACUCUGUAUCCACCUACGAGAUUUCGUCCCCGGAAUGCUAAUCGAAACGCAAAUUCUCAACGCCAUCACAUGCUCCCGGAGAACGAUUGUCUACGUGACGCAGAAUUUCCUGCGGUCCGAGUGGACCCGGCACGAGUUCCGUCUGGCAUUCGAGCAGUCCCUGCGGGAGAAUCGCACCCGGUUGAUUGUGAUACUGGCGGACGAUGUGCGGAGUCUGGACGAGUUGGAUCCCCAGCUGAGGGUGUUCUUCAGUACGACGACCUAUCUGCGAAGGGACGACGAAAAGUUCUGGCAGAAACUGGCGUACGCAAUGCCGCACCGGGACGUCGUGGAACUGCAACGGGAACGGAAGAUUCAACAGGCGGAGCAACGGCUGCGGAACAGUUCACUGCGGGAGGCCAACCGGAGGCGAGAGCAGCUGGAUUUGGCCGAUGUUGCGUUGUAGAAUAUAUGCUUCAGGAUAAGAGUGAGUGUUUCAGGUAGGAUGCGGUAGUGAGUAGAUGCCUAAAAUACUCUUCAAUGUUAGGAUAGCUGAGAUAAAAGGCGAUAACAAAUCGCAAAUCGUCAAUACUUUUUACCUAUCAGUUCUAAGAACGUAUCCCAACAAACUUAAAUACUUAAAUUCAGAAAUUGAUCUCGAAAAACGGUUUGCCGAGAAUCCAACAGCUGAUACCUCGGUAAAGUAUUUACUGAUUCUCGGUAAAUUCCACGGAACUUUGCCGAGAUCUCGGUAAAAAGUUGGAUUACCGAGAUAUCGGCAAAGUUUGAACGAAAUCUCGGUAAAACUUUUACCGAGAUUCAGUGAAAAUAAUUACCGGAUUCUCAGCUGUUGGGUUCUCGGUAAUCCGUUUGCUGAGGUCGGCGAAUUAAUUUAAGUGUGAACUGGUUGAAACUCUGGAGUCUGGUAACUCAAAAUGUUAGCUUUCUCCAACAAAAAGUAUAAAAAGCACUAGAAAUAUAAGGAGAAUCUAACUUUUUCGCAUACUUACUAGGUAUUUAUAGUUAAAAAUCAUUGAAAUCAUAAUAAAAUUUAAAAUGCGUUAAAAAUGACACUACUUCA